AUGCUAGAAAACGGAAAAAGAUUUCAUCAAAAACAAAUAAUAUCUGCUCACAAGAAUUUCCAGCCAGCAGAUAUAGAUUGGCCUAGCAGUGACUUGCCUAUCUCAGUAGAAAAAUCUGAAGCUGAAAAUAAAUCAAAUGGAUGCAUUAUAAAUAAAAAUGACCAAAUCCAAAUUUCAGAUACUAGCAAGAGGAAAUUACAGACAUCUACUCGUCAUAUUUAUUUAGAAACAAGAAGAAAUAAUGAUUCUACAGUUCCUUCAGAAAAAAAUGCUGAGCAACUUGGAUCUUCCUUGGGAGAGUGUGACAGUGUUGUCUCACUUGAAGAUUGUACUUGUGACACUAUUCCUAAUUCUUCAUAUAACUUAAAUAAAUCUAACAAUGAAGCAUAUGAGUUAAUUCAAAAAUUAAAGAGCAUUUCUGAUAGUGAUGAUGCCUCUGAUUGCAGCGUGGACAGUAGUGAAGAAGAGACACUCAUCCCUCUUGAAAAAAUACUAUUCGAGAGUGUCAGGCCAGCUGCAAAAAAGUCAGAAGAAGCUAUGAAUAAGGAUAAAAUAGCAAGCACAAUUUCUACAACACAUAAUGCUUCUCUUUCUAAACCUUUUAUUGAACGUGGUGCCUCAUACAUGAAUCAUUUGGAGCAUCUCCUGAAAGAGAAGGAAGAGUUGAUGAGGGUAGAUGAAUUAGAGAACCAGUUACAGCAAGUCAAAGGGAUAGUUGAAAUAAACUCUGAACCUGAAGAUCAAUCUACUGAUGGUGAAUUAUCUGCUGAACAUAGAGAAUUUAUAGAAAGAUACUCAUUCAGCCAGGAUGCUAUUCCCGACCACCACCCUGGAGAAAACAUAUUUCAAAUAGUGAAUGCUAGGAAAAUCUUCAGCCAGAAUAAUCUUGAUUUGAGAAACUUUGGUUUUCAUCCUCAAAAUCUGAUUGAAAAAUAUCUUCUUAGAUCUGGAAUAACACAGCAGCUUUUUGUAACUGUUGAAGGCUUACUUGCAUCUACUUACCAUAAUUCUCCUUGUCCUGUACCAAUUUUAAAAUGGAUGUUUCAGAUGAUGUCAAUUCACCCAGAUAGCACAGUUUCAAGAAAAAUUUUGGAUACAUUGAUGCUAUUAACAAUUAGAAAUUUUUCUGAUAAGAAUGACCAACAGAAGCCAUGGAUUCCAUCAUUAUUUGAUAUAACAACCGUGUUAAUCAAUAUGGGUAUUUCCUUCAGUGUGUUAUUUCCUUUGCAACAUUUUCAGCCUGGCUUUACUGAAAAUGAUAUUGUGUGUGAAAUGCAUGUAACUGUGAAUAAACAAUCAAAAAGAGAUAUCUGUAUAAACCCAACAGCUUUCUUUCUUCCAAUAGAGAGCAAUCUUUGCAAUAUAGCAAAGUUUCUGCGAUUGUGUAUAAAUGUGUGUCCAGAAAGUUACACAGACAGAGAAAUAUUUAUGUUGCUAUUGUUACUAUUUAAAAUAAGUUUGGAGACAGAACUGAAGCAAUUUCCACUAGUAGACUUGGAGUGCCUUAUUAUAAAAUUGCUUGAAAACGUCAGAAACUGGGAUACUGAGAUGUCCCAAUUAUCCUUGGCAAUAAGUUGUUUAUCCAACCAUCAUCAUAAUCUAUUGUGGCUUGUUCAGUUUGUCCCCAAUUGGACAACUCGUGGAAGACAAAUAAGACGACAUCUUAGCUUGGUAAUAAUCUCAAAGCUUCUUAAAAGCCAUGUGAAAAUACCCAGUAGCCAUGAUCAUCAGAUGUCACUACUGUGUAAGGAGCUAGUGAAGAUGAAACCCUCAAGUCUGUUAAAGAGUCUGUCAGAAACUUCAGGACAUCAUGAUGGUGUUACAGAGCCUUUUCUUUCUGAAUCUGAGCCGCAGGCCUAUUAUCUGACUUAUGUCCUUCUUCACUUGGUUAGGGAAGCUAGCAAUUCUGAGCGUACAAGUUCCAAUCAAAGAAAAUGGCUGUUGAGACUCUGUAGCACCCUUGAAAAACAUGUAAAGUGUGAUAUUAGGGAAGACGUCAGAUUGUUUUACAGAACUAUGGUAAAAGACUUAGUUGCUAGAACAUACAGCAAAUGGCAGCAGAUGAUACACAGUUCUCAGCUUACUCAGGGUCAGAUCCAUGACUUUUGGGUCCCAGAUACUUAAAAAAUAGAGACUGGAUGAUCAAAUGACCAAGAAAAUGAGUGGAAAGACUACACUAUUGUCUAAGAAGAGGCAUUCUUGUAAAGUGCACUUAACUUCCCCAAUUACUUAAUUGAGCAACUUUAGUAAACUGUACUUUUUAAAAGAUCCUUUUGACAUUGAGAAAGUUGCUUCUUUCUACAUAAUAACAAUAUCUUGUUUUUCUUAAGUCAAUCUAAAUUGGAUGAAUACAUUUUU